GUGUACAGCGGCAGUGUUGGACUACAAGGACAUAAAAGGUGGACGGAGUCCUGAUUUCUUCUGAACCACAACAAGAAGCUUCCACUGCUGAUCUAGAGUGCAACAGGCGGGAGAGGCUUUUCAAAGAUGCAGAGGUGCUUUGGGAUUGUUUGCGUGUCACUCAUCUUUUGCGCAGCUCUGUCUGAGACCAUCGGCUUGGUCAUUGCGGCAAAGGACAAACGUGGCUGGACACUGAACAGUGCUGGCUACUUGUUAGGUCCCCGUCGUAUUGAUCACCUAAUUCAGAUAAAGGAUUCUCCCAGUGCCAGAGGCAGAGACGAGCUGGUCACUCAAUAUGGAAUAGAUGGACACAGGACACUCGGAGAAAAGCCGGGUCUGGCUGGCAAGAGGGGCAUGGACCAGGAGGAGGACUUCAGAACGGGUGCCCUGAGAAUAGGAGAUGGAGAUAUCAUCCACACUGUCAUUGACUUCCUGUCGUAUCUAAAGCUGAAAGAGAUGGGAGCCUUGGACAGCCUGCCUUCCUCUGUGACAUCAGACGAACUAGCCAAUCCCUGAUGCAUCUGCCUCUCUGCAGUUCAUCUCCAUGUACACAAGUCUAUGUUUCUGCUGUCCCAGCUACCACUGCCCUAAAAACGCCACCUCACUGUAGCUCCAUACACACUGUGAUGCUGGAUCUGUCCCAGUUCCAGAGAGCGGACUAACUCUUGGAGAUUGUCCCCCAUUACAAAAUCUAAUCUUUCUGCUCUCCUGUGUAAAUAUAUUGUUAUAUCCACUGAGGGUCAGUGAGUGUCUGCGGACUUUAGGUGGAUCUAGGUAAUCAGAAACCAACAAUGUAUUAUCAUCUAAAUAUAAUGUGAUUGAUUAAAGAAGAUGGAGUGAAAAUAAAUAAAUGGCACUG